CAAGAGUAUAGUGGAGAAUAUUAAUUUUCGAAGGCUAAAGAAUCUUGCAAGUACAAGUUAUGUAGACGUGCAAACUGUUAAGGUUUCCCUGUCCAAAUCCGCUGCCGAUCACCGCCACACACUGCCGCGACGUACCUCGGCGCUAAAUUGCACCUUCCGCCCGUCCACCACUUCAUUUUCAUCUCUUUUACUUCUAAAUAUCUGUCAAAUCUGUCAGUUUUUGGAAACAGCUACAUCAUUUUUUCAGAUCGUCAUUAUUUCUCUCUACAAAUUUUAAUCCCAACAAUUCGAAAUUUUGCAGAAUUUUCUGCAAAUAUAACUCUUUUGUGAUUGAAUUAUAGAUCGAUUUGUAGUAUAUUGAAUUUGAUUGAGCAUCAGCUACUGUUACAUAAUGUCGAAAAUUAGGGAUAGAACUGAGGAUUUCAAGGAUGCUGUUCGACGAGAAGCUAUUUCUUUGGAAUUCAACGAGUCUAAAUUGGCUGCUUUUAUGGCAUCUUUUAUCAUACACAAGCCUCGUGAAAGGACUCCGUUCAUGAAAUCUUCUCUGAAAACGCUUGAGAGCAUUGGAGAAUUGGAGCAAUUUUUGGUGAAACAUAAGAGGGAUUAUGUGGAUAUGCAUCGCACGACUGAACAGGAGAGAGAUGGCAUUGAGCAGGAAGUUACUUCUUUUAUUAAAUUAUGUCAAAAGCAGAUAGACGUAUUGAAAGCUAGUAUAAGUGAUGAGGAAACCAAUUCAAAGGGCUGGCUUGGUAUGAGGACAGAUGGCUCUAAUGCUGACAUAAUUGCACAUAAACAUGGUGUGGUUUUGAUAUUGAGUGAAAAGCUUCAUUCAGUUACUUCAGAAUUUGAUCGGCUUCGAGCUUUACGGUUCCAAGAUGCCCUCAACAAAGCAAUGCCCAGAAGAAAACGGAACCGCCUCCCAGAUUCUAAUUUGAAAGACCCUUUGAAAUCAAAACCUCCGGAAGUCAAGGAACUUGAUGAACUGGAACCCAGUCCCCAAAGAGUCCAAGAACAGCUUUUGGACGAUGAUACUCGUGCGCUUCAGGUGGAGCUGAGUAACCUUCUAGAUGCUGCUCAAGAAACUGAAACUAAAAUGGUGGAGAUGUCUGCAUUAAAUCACCUCAUGUCUACACAUGUUCUCCAGCAAGCUCAACAGAUUGAGUAUUUGUAUGACCAAGCUGUUGAAGCAACAAAAAACGUGGAGCUUGGCAACAAAGAACUGACACAGGCUAUACAGAGGAACAGCAGUAGUAGAACGUUUCUUUUGCUGUUUCUGAUUGUUCUUACUUUGUCAGUCCUAUUUCUUGACUGGUAUAAUUGAUAUAUCGAGUAGGGUAUCGCUUAUAGGCUUAUAUAGCUGUAUAGUCAUGACUGAUGAGGGUUUCUUUUCAUUUUUUUCAUGCAACUUAAACUGGGGGUUGCUGAGGUCAGUGGUUGUGUUUGUAAGUCAUGACCUGUUACAAUGGUUUGGAAACUGAGAACUACAUAUCUCCAAGACUCCAACAUCGUACGUCAAGAUCAUUUUUACUCAAAAGGGUACUUUUGAAUCCAUUUCAUAUCCAGCACAGUAAAGAAUGAAUUUCAUACUGAACGCUGGAUUGUUUUCUUUUAUUUGCAUCUUUCGAAGCAGUC